UCGUCAGUGUGCGCCCCGGCGGAGUGAUCGCUGUGUGUGUCAUCAGGUUGUUCCUAACUUCCACAGAGGAAACAGUGCGUGUGUGUGGGUCUGUGUGUGUCUGUGUGUGUGAUCGCACUGAUGCUGGGACGCUGCUGCUGAUUAAAGCUGUGACGGUCGCUCAGUGAGUGUGUGAGUGUGUGAGUGAGUGUGUGUCUGUGUGUGAGUGUGUGUGAGUGAUCCUCCCGACCCGAUGCUCCUGCACCAGCUGGUGAACGGAGCCCUGGAAGCCAUGCACCCCCCCGCGCUGCAGAAAGACACCACCUUCACCAAGAUCUUCGUCGGCGGGCUGCCGUACCACACCAACGACUCCUCCCUCCGGAAGUACUUCGAGAGCUUCGGGGACAUCGACGAGGCGGUGGUGAUCACCGACCGGCAGACCGGCAAGUCCCGGGGAUACGGCUUUGUGACCAUGACGGACAGAGGAGCGGCCGAGCGAGCCUGCAAGGAUCCCAACCCCAUCAUCGACGGCAGGAAGGCCAACGUCAACCUGGCGUACCUGGGCGCCAAGCCGCGCAGCAUACAGACGGGCAUAUCCAUCGGAGUGCAGCCCAUUCACCCAGCACUCAUCCAGAGGCAGUAUGGGUUGGCCCAGCAGUACGUCUACCCACAGGCCUUCAUGCAGCCCAGCCUGAUGCUGCCCAGUCAGGUUUCCAGCUCCGUCAGCAGCAGCCCCUACCUGGACUACAGCUCGGCCUACGCCCAGUACGCCCAGGCCGCCUUCGAGCAGCAGUACCCGUACGCCGCCUCCCCGGCAGGGUUCAUGGGCUACAGCUACACCACCAGCCCCACGGCCUCCGUCGGCCCGGCCGCCGCCGCCACCGCCCCGGCCAACGUGCACCCGACCCUCGCCUCCGCUGCCGGCCAGGCCCCGGCCUUCCUGCACUACGCCCCCCAGCACCACAUCCAGCCGGAUCGCAUGCAGUGAGCUGGAGAGGAAGCUGAGAGGAGAGGGGGUGGUGGAGGAGGGAGAGGAGGAAGAGGGAGUUAUGGUCGCUGACGUUUAAACGGACAAUAGUGAAACACCCUACAGGGUGACCUGGCUGUUGUCAGCAGGGGCUUUCAGGAAAAAAGGGGGUAGGACUAUUGCACUAUACGAUCAGGAUGAGCCAUCUGCUCAUUUGUUUAAAGGGUACGAGGGCGGCCGGGGAGCGGAGGACUGUGGAGGUUCAGGUGGGGAUGCUAAGCAGCAUUAAGUAUAUGGUGGCUUCCAAGGGCUUCCAGAAGCUGACACUUCAUUUUUAAUUAUUAUUAUUAUUUUUAUUGUCCUUUUAUUAUUGUAUUAUUGUCAUUGUCAUCUUUUUUUUUGUGUCUAUGCGAUUUAUUAUAAAUGGUAUCACAGGUUGUGGCUCAAUCAGUUCUGUGUCAGAUUCAUGGUACAUGUUGAUUAUUGGCGAGCUGUCUGGUAAAAGGAAGUACCCGCUUUCCUCCCGGCUGCGUGGUGUCUCGGGUGGAUGUGGAGGUGCAGGGCGGGGGGGUUGAGAAGCCUCCACAUCCACAGUGAGGUGGAGCACUGCCUCACGAACAAGCCUCCAGCGUUCAGCGCCACUCAGGAGGCCGGCGUGAGAUUUCACUUCAAGGAAUAAAUUGCAAGGUUUGGAAUAAAACUGUCGAAGCAACAUUGUUUUGAGAGGUUGAUGUCAGGACUCCCUUUUUUCCUAUUAUUAGUUUUAAUUAAAGAGGCCUUAAUAAAAAAGAGAGAACCUUUUUGAAUCUCUUGAUUCCUCGAGCGCUAGCCCCAUCACAGAACCAGGUGUGGGAAGCCCCUUGUAACUGCUAACUCUCCUCAGCAGUCAGUUACAUUCAUCUUUCCACUACCUGGGUCUGGAUCAUUCCAGAUGGAUGUAGAUAAUCACGUGCAGUAUGUGGGAGCGCUGUGUAUCGAUGUAGAAAGGUAGCUGACACUGAGCUCAAACACCAGUGUAUUUUUUUCUUUUCUUUUCUCACUGAGAUUGAACUGUUGUCCUCAAAAGGACAUUCAUGUAUAGCAUUUUAAAAUGUUUUCAGUCAUCCAGUACAUUAACAAUAUUUAUAUGUAGGUAUUUAUAAGAGAUACUAAGUUAAAAUAGCUUGUUUUGUUUUGUUACAACGACUGUAGUUGUGGCACUGAUGUCAUUGAACCUGCAGAUCCACAGGUGUUGUAUUCCUUUUCUUCCCGCCUGUCACCAUGUUGAUGGAUUUGCUGCGGUGCACAGAACUACAGUAGAUGCUCGUUUGUAGAUCCUCGACUGGUUGCAUCAGAAAUUCUCUAGACUUUUUCAAUAAAAAUGUCUUUUACAGUCCCUUCCAAGAAGCCAUACCAAAAAAAUAAAUAAAGAAUUUGUACUUAAA